AUGUCAUCGGAUCUUUUAGCUCUUCAUUUCCUGACAUACGACGCACUCCCCAAUCCACGACAAGUUUGGAACACUCCACCUGGAUCGCGCGAGGAAGGCCUUGGUCGUCUGGUAUUACUGACGCCCGAAGUAGUUGCCUACGCUGCGAGCACUUGCAUCAAGACUGGUCGCCGCACGACGCUGGGAUGGGAUCUGACCAAGCUCGAGAUCGCCAAUUUUGGCCGGCAGCCCACCCAGCACCAUAUAGUGCCUCUACUCGAUGGUCGUGCAUUUGACGAUGUCAUCAUCUUCAACCCGCAACAGUCGUCUCAGUGGGAUGGUCUACGUCAUUUUUCUGCGCCACAGGCUGGCACAGCUGGACACCAAUUUUAUGGAGGGGUGACUGCCGCAGAGAUCACUGAUCGUUCCUGCACCCGUAUAGGGAUCCAGGAGUGGGCUCGCGAAGGCAUCUGUGGCAGAGGUGUGCUUCUUGACUACGUUCGCUACGCAGCCAAGAAUGGUAUUCAGUAUUCUACUUUCUCGAAUCAUUCCAUUCCACUGGCAACCCUUGUCGAGAUUGCAGCGGAGCAGAAGGUCAGCUUCCGGAGAGGGGACAUCCUCCUCGUACGCAUUGGGGUGACUCGAGAAUGGGAUACCAUCAUGACUCCAGAAGACAAAUUAAAAUAUGCGCUGGAUAAGAAUCCUCAGCAUGCAGGAGUCGAGGGUACGGAAGAAAUGUUGAGAUGGAUCUGGGACGAAGGAUUUGCAGCAGUCGCUAGCGACGCCAUUAGCUUUGAAGCAUAUCCACCACAACAAUCCUACAAGCGUGAUAGAGGAGACGACGCCGAGGGCCUUUUUUUGCACGAAUAUCUAUUGGCAGGGUGGGGUAUGCCAAUUGGUGAGCUUUUUGACCUUGAAGAGUUGAGUCGAAUCUGUGAGGAAGAACAGAGAUGGCAUUUCUUCCUGGCUAGCGCCCCGUUGAAACUGCCGGGGGGUGUCAGCAGCCCACCUAACUGCGUUGCAAUAUUUUGA